AUGGAUAUUCUAACGAUUAAGAGUAUCAAGAACGGUUCAUUAACCCGAGAAAAUGUAAACAAAUUAAUAAAAUUUGUACAAAAUGUGGAUAAUUCUGAAGAAGAUUCUGAUAUUUCGUCUGAAUUACCAAGUUUGAUAACUUCUUGCAUUUUAAACACGAAUUCUUCAAAUAUCAAACUAAUUGACAAAUUAAUUAAGAAUGUUAGAAGAAGUAAAAAAUUGGUAAACUCAAUUAAUGAUGAUUUUUUGACAGUAAUUUUAAACACAACUCACAAUGAUUUUAUCACUGUUAACUGUGAUUCCUCUUCAAAUUCUCCUUUAACUAAACUUCUGUUAGAUUUGUUAAAUGAGAAAUAUGAAAACAUUUCAUUUCUCAAACUAAUAAAAUUUAAAUCAAUUGAAGACGAGGUGGUUAUAUCUGAGAUAGUCAGGAAACUUAAGAGAAAUAAUAAUACUGUAAUUCAAAUUUUAAACUACAUUAUUAAGUACUUGCCACUCCAAACAUAUGAAGAAAUCUUGUUUCUACUACUCAAUUAUCAGUUUAAUGACACCACUAUACACAUUAUUGAUCAGGUUUCUAUACGUUUUUUUAACUCCUCAAAUGAAGAAAAUAAUGUAUUAAACUCAAAUUCUAAUGUAGUUUUGCUGUAUAAAAGAAUAUUGAAAAGGAUAUUAUCGAAUAAUAAUAGUGAAAAGUCAUCAAUUAUGUUAUCACACAUUGUGUAUCAUCCAUAUUACAUUGAUACUGAUACACAGGAAAGUGACUUAACAAGUUUAGAAUUAAACUUAAAAAACUCGAUGUCAUCAUAUAACGAUGUGAUAGAGGAGCAUUUGGGUGUGAUUGAACAUAAUUGUAAUAACACGGUUUUCCCAAAAAUACAAGAGAAUUUUAUCAAAUUUACCACCAAAUUAUACUUGAUAUCGGGGAAUACUAAGUUGUUGGACUUACUAAUUAAGUUAUAUACACAAUUGAAUAUUAAUAACACUACUAUUGUGAAUCAUAUAAUUAACAUUUUCUUUAAUCCGAUUAAGCAAGUAGAUGUAUCUUAUGAUAAGGAGUAUACUAUUAAUACUCCGAAUUUACUCUCACUGUACAAUAACAUCCAAAACAAGACCAAGUAUAAAUUAUUAAUGGUUGAAGUCAGUUAUCUCAUGAUGAGAUUGGGAUUGGAAUAUCAAAUUAACGUAAACAUUUCAGACUUUUUAAACUCACAAUAUCAUCUACUCCUGCUACUUCACAUAUAUAAUAAUGAGAUUUUGAAAGUAAAUCAUACCUUUGACCGUGAAAACAUUUUAGAGUCCUUUAUUCAUCAUUUUACACAUCCCAACGAAGAAUUCACUGCCCACUAUAACAUCUUAUUAAUCUACAACGAGCUUGUUAAUUCGAAGAACUCUUUAGUCACGGGUGUUCUUGAUACUCAUUUAUCAGCGCUGUCAUACUUGGAUAUUGUGAGUUUAUUAUACGUAAUGUCAACGAACAAUGAUUUGAUAAAUAAGAAACUGGUAUACAAACUGUAUGAAGGUGUUGUUAAGGCUAAUGAUACGGAGUUGAGUUUGUUAUUUUUGUUUGUUCUAUUAAGGCCCUAUGAACUAUCGCUUGGUUUUCUACAGUUAAAACUUGAGUUCCCAAAUAUCACUAAUAAGGAUUAUAAUUAUAUUGUUAAAUCUCUGUACAUGGUUGUUGACCCAAGUUAUAUCAAGAAGUUUAUUAAAAUAUUAUAUGAAAAUGAUAUUACAGUCGUGUUCUUUGAUGACGAGUUGGUUCAAGGUUAUUUGGAAGAUUUAUACAAGAGGUUUGAGCUAACAGUGCAAGAGGAUUAUCCUUAUAUAUGCAAUGUUAAUUUUAAAGAUAAGAUAGAGGACGAAGAUGUAGAUUUGAGUGUACUAAAGAAUGUCACGAAACAGGAAAUUGAACAGAUUAAAUUAAACAAAUUGAAGAUCAAAUUGAGAUUAAAGCUAAAGCUGAUUAACAAGUUAUUGAAUAUUUAUUCAUUAAUAAUCAAUAACUGUGAUAAAGUCUCAUUUGAACCCCUAUUUAACCAGAUGUUAAAUUAUAACAAGUUCCCAAUUUUACAACAGUUUAACAAAAUUUUAUAUAAACACCUGUUUAACCAUUUGUUUAAAAAUGAGAAUAAGUGUAGAAGGGACAAAGUGGCAGUAGAUGAGUUGGUACAGUUCAUUAUGAGUAUAUACAAUCCUGAUGUUUCAGUUCCAGACGCAGUUAACCUGAUAACUAUGUUAUAUAAUGAAGUGAAACUUGAUGAGGUUGAGUAUAGAAAUGAAAAAAUGAUCAUAUUGUCAUUUCUACUCAAUAGAGUUGAGUCUAAGCUAACAGCGGAAUUCCUGUAUGAUAUUAUUCUAGAGAUGUUGAAAAACAAAUUCUAUUACCGAAAUUACAUAUUCCAAUACAUUAUCAAGUACCAUGAAAUGGUUGUUCUGAAUAAUUCCGAUAAGCGGAAUAGUGUGGUUAAAAUUAGUGAUCUUGUGGAAUUGCUGGAGAAUGUAGUUAUGGAUGGAAAUUUGAUAUACUUGUUUCAUUUAUACUUUGUGAUAGGCACUGAGUCAAUAUUGGAUAUCGUUGUCAAAUAUAUCAAAGAUAAAGGGAUCCAACCAGAGUAUUUAACAAGUACUAAUUUGCCAUACAUUCAGGUUAAAUUGGUUACAUUCCUAUCCUUGUUUGACUUGGUCAGGUUAUUAAGUAGUAAAGUGGAAGUUGAAGUGGAUGAAAUAAUGAAAAUAUAUUUAUGCUACAAGAAUAACAUGAAAGUAUUUGUGUUGUAUUUUAGGAAAAACUAUGGAAUAUUAAGUACACUGAGGAUAUUUAAGAGUUAUAUUGAUAAAUGUGGUUCUUUAGAUGAGGUUAAUCAUUUGGAAACACUAUUGUACAAUAUUGUUCUGGAAACCGAUAUUUCCGUCCUGAAGUCAGAUGAGGUGGUAGCAAUAAUUUCAUAUCUUAUGGAUUGGAAUAACUUUGAACUCAUACAGCUAAUGACCAAUAAAAUUAGUAAUAUGGUGAUUUUACAGAAUUUGGCAAAGUUUGUUGAUUCUAAAGAGAGACUCGGAGAUAAUCAAUUACACAUUACUGACAUAGCCAAGUUAAUAUUAUAUCAAAAGUGUUCUGAUUCAAGAUAUGGAAGAUUGUUGGAAGGUGUGUUAGAAAAGUUGGAACACAAAGGCAAUAAACAUUUAGUAUCAACUGUACAUAAUGCUAUACUGAAUGUGAACAAAUCACAUCAGAAACAUUGGGAUGAUGGGCCACUCAAUAUUCCACAUGAAACAAGGGUAAAGUUCAUGGAUAAGUUUUAUUCGUUGAGUUUGAAUGACGGGAAUUAUAUGAGUAUAUUUUUAUUGCUUUUGGAGGAUGACUGUGUUAAUAAGUACAUGAAUAAGUUGGUAGACUUGAUUAAACCAUAUGAUAAAGAUAAGGAAUUUUUAAUUUCAACAAUAACUAAUGGUCUCCAAAUGCCAGAAAAUAACUCUGACUUAAGUACCCCAGGUGAUGAAGCUGAGAACGGACUUAAUUUAAUGUGUCAAAUUGUUCUGAAGUAUAAGAACGUAAUAAAUGUGAGUGAGCUUGUUAAAGUAGUGUAUAACGAUAUUAAGUAUUUACACAUUUGUAAAUUCUUAAUUAAACAGAUUGAUGAUAAGGAUGAACUGGUAAUGUACUUAUUAACCAAUGUAAAGAAUAGUGAGAAUGAGAUAUUGUAUUAUAAUCUGUUGAUUUCGAAUCAUCUGGUCGAAGAAUAUGACUUGAAAUCUUAUUUUCAUCAAAUUCUCUUAAUAGUAAACGAGUAUAUUAUUAACAUUGACACUAAGCUGAACACUUUGGCAAAGGGAAUAGCAAGCAACCUGAUUAACUUUUUGGACGUUAAUUCCAUAUUCUUCAACAUUAGGAAUCAGUUGUACAACACAUUUACAAUUCCAAACAAUACCAAUUUAGUUAGCUUGAUAAAUUCAGUAACAACAUCACUGGAUAGCAAUAUUGAUAAUAGACACAAUGGUACCGUAGGUAGUGAACUAGAAAAUAAUGGUGAUAAAAAAAUGAGUGAGGAGAUUGAUAUAUAUUUGAUAAAUUAUAUACUGAAGAAAAGUUUGAAUAUGGUCGGUGUAAAGUUAAAGUUGACAAUUAUAUGCAAGUACAUGGUUCAGGAUAUUACUGACUAUUCGCAGUUGGACAAGUAUUAUAAUUUUGUGCUAGAUUUGCUGUUCAAUUUGAUAUACGACAAUGACCAGGACAUUUUUAACAAUAUACUAAUCAUAAUCACUACAUUUUCUAGUAAAUAUCAGUUAUUCUCUGAAAGGUCUGAUGCUAGAGGGGUUAGUUGUAAUGAAACACAUUCUUCUAAAUCAGCAACUAAAAACUUAAAUACUCCGAUUGGAAGAAGAGAGUUUGUCGAUUUUUCGAAAACAAAUGAGAAGAAAACUGAGAAACUGGUUAGUGAGAGUGUUGAGAAGGAAAAUGUGUUAAUUUCAAUAUAUGACAAAGUGAUGAGCGUAAAGACUGAGAAUAUGAAUGAUGUAUGUAGAAAGGGAAAUAUACUGCUAAAUCUGCUCAUGUAUAUGAAUAAAGAAAGUAAACUAAAUAUAUACGAGGAUGUAUUGAAGAGGAAUGAAUUAGAGGUGUUGGUCUUUAUACUAUACACAUGUUAUUCGGUAAUCGACAUUGACAAUUUGUUAUAUAAUCUUUUCACACUUUUCCAACAUAACAAACAAGUUGACACUGUCAAGAAUAUUAUCACAUCGCUGAUUUUUAUCUCAAACAACGUUGGUACGGAUUUCGUCAAGACAAUUGUGUAUCACAUUUUGUACAACUUUUACUUCUCCAAAUAUCCUAACUCCGAACAAACUAAUUUAUUUGGUUCAGAACAAAGAUAUGAUGUUGAGUUGGACAAUUUGGAUGAUCAAGCGGAUAUAAAUGAUGCAAAAGCUUUGAUGAUUUUGGAACUCAUGAAUGUGAUGCUUACUGGGAACAUGAGGUCACACUACCCAAACGUGUUAUUGUACAAUGUAGAAAAAAAGGAAUUUUAUCCAACUCCAUUUGAGAAUAAAGUUGAUGACAAUUCUAAUGGUAGUGUUGAGGAAAAAGAAAGAAGACACGAAGUGAAUAAGUAUGUAAAAUAUUAUUUGUACAUAUAUAAUAAUGCAAAAGUGAAGAUUAGUAAUGAAUUAAUUGACGUAAUGCUGGAUAAUAUUUACCAUAACACCAUGAGGAAUAAGUUAGUGAUAGUUAACUUUUUGGUUAAAAAUUUGAAAAAUAAUCAGUCUUACACUGAAUAUGUACUCAAUGAUCUGUUAUCAACGAGUUUAACACAGGAGACAAAUUAUAAUAAAGUAAAUUCUCACUACAGCAUAGUUGAAAUAUCAAAUUAUAUAAGGAAUAGAGAGUAUAAAUUGUAUGAUCAAAUUGUAGAACAAUUAGAUGUUGUGGAUAAGGAGGAUAGUGUUGUUAGUGAUAAGGAUUACUCAUCAGUAACAAGUUCAUUUGAUAACUCAGAAUUAUCAUUUAAGAAUUCAUCCAGCAAAUCAUUUGAAUCCACUAACUCGUCAGAAUAUACCACUAAUACUAUCAUUAACAAUACUACUACCGUUAAUUCAGUUGAUGGAAUAAUAAUGGGAAAGUGCAUGUGUUUGUAUAAAUUAAUGAAGAAUGAUUUAAUAAGUAGGAAAUUGGUUGAAAAAGUAGUUUAUUUCUUAAUUUUCUGUUUAAAACAUGGCAAUACAGUAAGGUUUGCGAUGGAACUGUUGAACUACAUCAACUUCAAAUAUAAAACUGAGUUAUCAACUUCAGAUAACUCAGUGGACAAGACAGUUAAGUUGGCGGGUGAUGAGAACAAAUUAGUCAUAAACAUAUUAAACAUACUCUUGAUGAAGUUAAAAUUAGAUGGAGCCGAUUUUAUCAACUCGCAGCUAGAAGUUUCUGAUGUGGUAAAUCUACAAUCAUCUGAUCCUGAAGCAAUAAUAUAUAACAUAGUCAAGAAUGAAAGUGGAUACUUUGGGUAUGUGUUUAUGAAAUUAUUGAAACUGUUAAAUUUGAAUAAAAGUGAGGAGAAAACUUUAAAUUUGUUGUUGAAAUUGUGUAGUUUGGACCGAAGUUCACUGUUACUCGAGAAUGUAGAUUUGUUAUUGUUAUUUUUGACCUUUAUUAAUAAGAUAACAGAUGUUGGAUCAAUUGACAGCUUGGAUGAGAGUGACUUGGUAAACAGAUUUUUAAACAGCAUUCAUGAGAAAAACAUGUACAAACUAGUGUUCAUUCUUUUUCAACAGAUUUUAACAACCACUAACAAUACCACUAAUACAGUUAAUGGAAAUUCACACAUUAGUAAAAGUUCACUUAAUGGAGUUAGUGUAAACACAACUGUAUACUACAUGAUCCUGUACAAGUUACUAAACUACGAAAUCAUACUGGAAAACUUCAUACAGGAGUAUGUGCAGUUUAUAUUACACACAAUUAGUUCUACACACAAUUCAGCCUUCAUCAGUUUUCUACUGAAUAAAAUUCUAAACAAGAUAAUCAAUGUGUAUAAAAACAACGAAAUCACAUUAAUUGACAUAAUUUAUAAUCAUAUAACCCAAAUGGAUACUAAUGAACUCAGUAGUGAUAGGACUAACGGAGAAGUGGGUGAAAGUGAGGUUAAUGCGGAUUUGAUAAAAGUGUGUUUAAACUACUUAAAUAGCGAUAACGACAUUAGUAUAAGAGGUGUAAAUAGAGCAUUUUCAAUAUUGCUGUAUUUGAGUAAUAAAGGGAUGAACUCAUUCAAACAUUGUGUGGAAAGGGUUUUAGGUAUAAUGUUAAGGUUCAUAGUUACUGCUUCAGUACAUAGUGAUACUAAGAAUUAUAUUGAUACUGAUAGAUCCUUUGAAACUGGAAGAACUUCUGUAGUUGGAGUUGAUAAUUCUGUAAAUAAUUACUCAGAAGAUUCUGAGCUUAACCUUACAAGUGUAUUUUCAUUAAUGAGUAAACUGUUGAAUUUAAGUGUAAAAUAUUACGACAAGUUGUAUAAACAGAUUUUAACCGUUUUACUUCACCAACUACAGGUUAACAAUCAAGUAAAUUGUACUAACAUUGUCAUCAAUUGCAUUCAUAAAUUAACUUCACAAAAUAGAGAAGAGACGAUUAACAUCAUCAACAAUAUCAUAACCAGAGCCAAUAUUAACACAUUCCUCCUAUUGUUCUCAUUACUACACACCAUCAGAGAAGAUGAGAUCAAAAUGGUGAAUAGAGACACUCUGGUGAAUUAUUUAGUUGACAUGAACAAGUAUAAUUUAAGUGAGAAAGUUGCUAAAAUUUGUAACUUGUUAGUAAAACUAAACUAUAUAACAAAUGAAGAACAUCUUAACCUCAAACAGCAGCUCAUAUAA